AAAAUCCAAGAGGGCAUUGUUUGUCUUCUGCACAAUGACGUAUGAGGAAACGGUCCUGCACGAAACAGCUGAUUUGUGUUCCUCACUCCCCUGUUGGUGCUUGGUGUUCCUCCCAUUUGGACCCAGCCAGAGCAGGUGCAUCUGGCCUAUCCAGGAGAGCCAGGUUCCAUGGUAGUAACCUGGACCACCUUCAGUAAGACAGAGAGCAAGGUGGAGUAUGGCAUUCUUGGGGGUCAGUUCUUUGAGAUGACCACCAAAGGCAACACUACUCUGUUUGUAGACUCAGGAGAAGAGAAGAGGAAGCUGUACAUUCACAGAGUUAUUCUCACAGGCCUUAAACCUGCUGUUAAUUAUGUCUACCACUGUGGCAGCGAUGAGGGCUGGAGUGAUGUGUUCUACUUCACAGCUCUGAAUGACAGCACUAGUUUCAGUCCCAGAUUUGCCUUGUAUGGUGACCUAGGAAAUGAAAACCCUCAGUCUCUGGCUCGACUGCAAAAAGACACCCAGCUUGGCAUGUAUGAUGUCAUCCUGCACAUAGGGGACUUUGCCUACGACAUGCAUGAGGACAAUGCCAGGAUUGGGGACGAGUUCAUGAGGCAGAUUCAGUCCAUUGCAGCCUAUGUGCCCUACAUGACCUGCCCAGGCAACCAUGAAGCUACAUACAACUUUUCCAACUACAGGAAUCGAUUUAGCAUGCCAGGCCAGACUGAGAGCUUAUGGUACAGCUGGAACCUGGGGUCAGCGCACAUCAUCUCCCUCUCCACUGAGGUUUAUUUCUAUCUUGAAUUUGGCCUGGAGCUCCUCUUCAAGCAGUAUGAGUGGCUGAAGAAAGACCUGGAGGAGGCCAACAAGCCUGAGAACAGAGCUGUGCGUCCAUGGAUCAUUACCAUGGGACACAGACCCAUGUACUGCUCCGAUGACGACCAGGAUGACUGUACCAAGUUUGACUCCUAUGUCCGACUGGGACGAAAAGACACCAAACCACCAGCUCCUGGUCUAGAGGAUCUAUUUUACCGCUAUGGAGUGGAUCUGGAGCUGUGGGCACACGAGCACACAUAUGAGAGGCUUUGGCCCGUCUAUGCUGAUAAGGUGUACAAUGGGAGCAAAGAGCAGCCUUAUGUGAACCCCAAGGCUCCAGUACAUAUCGUCACAGGCUCUGCUGGCUGCAGAGAGAAGACUGACAGCUUCAAUCCAAACCCCAAAGAGUGGAGUGCUUUCCGCAGCACAGACUAUGGCUACACCCGCAUGAAAGUGUUCAACACUACCCAUAUUUACUUGGAGCAGAUCUCUGAUGACCAGUAUGGCAAGGUGAUUGACAGCAUAUGGGUGGUGAAGGAAAAACAUGGCUUCUCAGCCUGGUUUUGAAGACUGCCAUCCUUAAAAUCAACAGUCUGCUUAGGAAAUGCACUUUAAAAAGAAAGAUUUUUCCUCCAUCACACCAACCAUGCACUGAUAGUAAAGUUUUCAUUCCUGUCACUUCAGCUUCUCAAAUUAAGUGCUAGUGAAUCUUCUGAUUUCAGAUAUUUUCCAGUGUUUUAUCCACUUGGACGACCAUUACUGUAUAUUGAUGAUCAUCUACUGAAAAUGUAUAUAAUGUAACUAGUUUGCUGUGAGGUGCUCUACUACACAAUGUUCUCUAAACAGGGCAUCAGAUUUUGUUUUAGAUUUGAAUAAACUGCAUUUUUAUGCACA